GGGACCACUACAAGGUUCAUGGCAAGGAGCCAAACCAUUAAUACAAAGAGUUUCACCACUCUUACUCAAAACGAAGGCCGAUUUCAAGAAAUGUUCGAACCGAGGCUGGUUGCCCUCGGCCCUUUGCAUCACGGUAAACCCGAGUUCAUGUGCUCCGAGCAGGCCAAGCUUAAAUUUGCUGCUCGCUUCGCGCAUGUUAACGGGUAUACUGAUGAUCAAGAACUGUUCUACAGAGUCAGGGCAGAGAUAGGUGAUUUGAGGAAGUGUUAUAACCCGGAGGACAUUGCUGCUUAUGACGAUGAAAGGCUAGCUUGGAUGUUGUUUGUAGACGGUUGUGCCGUGUUGUGUGCGGUACGUUACGUUGUGGAAGGUAAGUUUGAUGAGUUGAAUACAAAAGCAGAUCUUUUGGUAUUUGCACAAGUUGAUUUGUUUUUGCUAGAAAACCAACUUCCUUACAAGCUGCUUAAGAUAUUGAUUGGCUCAGCCAAAGAUCCCAAAAUAUGGGAACAAUCAAUCACAGAGUUUAUAGCUCAGAACCUUAUGACAAACAUAGAGCAGGAGAGCAAACAUGUAGAUGAUAAUAAAGAUUAUGCGCAUCUUUUGGAGCGGUUUCGUGACCAAAUCCUGACUGGGGAUGAAAUGAAGAGAGACAGUAGCGUGAUGGGUCGGAAGCUGUUGUCUUGGGGAGGCAGCGGCAAACAUAGGAGAACGUUUCGAGGGCUAAAGGAACUUAAAGAAUCGGGGAUACACGUGAAGCCGAGCACGACGAACAACCUCAAGAACAUCUCCUUUUAUUGCAACUACUUGGGGAAACUGAUGAUCCCGCGCUUGUUGGUGGACGAUUCGAUGGCUUCCAAGUUCUUGAACUUGAUAGCUUUAGAGAUGUGUCCGGAUUUCAAGAAUAAGUUCGAGGUCACAUCGUACUUAUGUUUCAUGGACUCUCUUAUUGGUUCAGCAGAUGAUGUUAAGGAGCUGCGAGUUAGUGGCGUGCAGCAUAAUUAUUUGGGGAGUGACGAAGAAGUGGCUGAGCUUUUUAAUAAAAUGAGCAGGGAUUUGGUGCCGGACCAAAAAAGGUACUUUAAGGUUACAGAGGACAUUCAUAAGUACCGUACUAAUCCAUGGACGGCUGCCUUGGCUAAAGCUUAUUACACCCAUUUUAGUAGGCCAUGGACUUUCCUUGCAUUUAUGGGUGCCAUUAUGGGGCUUCUUUUCUCUGCUAUUCAGGCUUAUUUCUCGUUACCACAGAACAAGAGUUCUCCUUGAAACCAGUCUUACAAAGUGUGCUUUCAAUCCUCUGUUUUUGUUUCUGUAAUAUUCUAUUUUUAUUAAUAGCAUACUAUAUCCUGUCUUGUCUCCA